GUCUCCGCAGCCCCGGCGGGCUCGCUCCGGAGGGGGCGGCCUGAGCCCCAGCGCUGGGCCGGGCGGAGCUCCCGUCCGGGCGGAGCUGCGGCUGCAGCGUCCAGCUGCCGGACCGACCUCCAGCGUCGUAGACCGCGGGGAGCGGCGCGGGCCCCCCUCCCCCCACCUCCCCAGCUCACCCUCCGAGCUUCUCGAGCCCCCUCCCCGCUCCCUGCAACUGUGCUGCACAUGGUGAUGAGCUUCCGGGUGUCUGAGCUUCAGGUGCUGCUCGGCUUUGCUGGCCGCAACAAGAGUGGACGGAAGCACGAGCUCCUGGCCAAGGCCCUGCACCUGCUCAAGUCCAGCUGCGCCCCCAGCGUCCAGAUGAAGAUCAAAGAACUCUAUCGUCGACGCUUCCCCCGAAAGACCCUAGGGCCCUCUGAUCUCUCCCUGCUCUCUCUGCCCCCGGGUACCCCUCCUGUUGGCUCACCUGGUCCUAUGGCUCCCAUUGCCCCGGCCCUCUUGGCCCCCAGCCCCCUGCUGGGCCCCAAGCGGGAAGUAGACAUGCAUCCGCCUCUGCCCCAGCCUGUGCACCCUGACGUCACCAUGAAGCCAUUGCCCUUCUAUGAAGUCUAUGGGGAGCUCAUCCGGCCUACCACCCUUGCGUCCACUUCCAGCCAGCGGUUUGAAGAGGCGCACUUUACCUUCGCCCUCACGCCCCAGCAAGUGCAGCAGAUUCUCACUUCCAGAGAGGUUCUGCCAGGAGCCAAAUGUGACUAUACUAUACAGGUGCAGCUAAGGUUCUGUCUCUGUGAGACCAGCUGCCCCCAGGAAGAUUACUUCCCCCCCAACCUCUUUGUCAAGGUCAAUGGGAAGCUAUGCCCCCUGCCGGGUUACCUUCCCCCUACCAAGAAUGGGGCUGAGCCCAAGAGGCCCAGCCGCCCCAUCAACAUCACACCCCUGGCUCGACUCUCGGCCACCGUUCCCAACACCAUCGUGGUCAACUGGUCCUCUGAGUUUGGACGGAACUACUCCUUGUCUGUGUACCUGGUGAGGCAGCUGACUGCAGGGACCCUUCUACAGAAACUCAGAGCAAAGGGUAUCCGGAACCCAGACCACUCUCGGGCACUGAUCAAGGAGAAAUUGACCGCUGACCCGGACAGUGAGGUGGCCACUACAAGUCUCCGGGUGUCACUCAUGUGCCCGCUAGGGAAGAUGCGCCUGACGGUCCCUUGUCGUGCCCUCACCUGCGCCCACCUCCAGAGUUUCGAUGCUGCCCUUUAUCUCCAGAUGAAUGAGAAGAAGCCAACAUGGACGUGUCCUGUGUGUGACAAGAAAGCUCCUUAUGAAUCUCUUAUCAUUGAUGGCUUAUUCAUGGAGAUACUUAACUCCUGUUCGGAUUGUGAUGAGAUACAAUUCAUGGAAGACGGAUCCUGGUGUCCAAUGAAACCCAAGAAGGAGGCAUCUGAGGUUUGCCCCCCGCCAGGGUAUGGGCUGGAUGGCCUCCAGUACAGCCCAGUCCAAGAUAGCAGCCCAUCAGAGAAUAAGAAGAAGGUGGAAGUUAUUGAUCUGACGAUAGAGAGUUCAUCAGAUGAGGAGGACCUGCCCCCGACCAAAAAGCACUGCCCUGUCACCUCAGCUGCCAUUCCUGCUCUCCCAGGAAGCAAAGGAGUCCUGACAUCGGGUCACCAGCCACCUUCGGUGCUACGGAGUCCUGCUGUCGGCACGCUGGGUGGGGACUUCCUGUCCAGUCUCCCUCUACAUGAGUACCCACCCGCUUUCCCGUUGGGGGCUGAUAUCCAAGGUUUAGACUUAUUUUCUUUCCUUCAGACUGAGAGUCAGCACUAUGGUCCCUCCGUCAUCACCUCGCUAGACGAACAGGAUGCCCUUGGCCACUUCUUCCAGUACCGAGGGACCCCUUCCCACUUCCUGGGCCCACUAGCCCCCACAUUGGGGAGCUCUCACCGCAGUGCCACUCCAGCACCCCCUCCUGGCCGCGUCAGUAGCAUUGUGGCCCCUGGGGGGGCCUUGAGGGAGGGGCAUGGAGGGCCCCUGUCCUCAGGUCCCUCUUUGACUGGAUGCCGGUCAGACAUCAUUUCCCUCGACUGAGUCCUUUGGAUUAUGGAAACUUCACUGAGCAAGUAUGCUGUGGGGUCCAGACCCCUGGCCACCUCAGCCCCUCGGGGGGCUUUGGCCAAAGGCCAGAAAGACUUUCAUGGAUGCCUGGUUUGGGCCUUAUCUCUACGAGGCCGGCACCCAAAGGGUUAAUAUUUAACCUCUUUUUAAGGACGUCUGGGUUCUAUUUUUGGAAAUGUUCUUUAGAUGGCUGGCACAUUCCUUUGGGCAUGUUAACCUAGGCAGUGGGAAGCACACAUGAUUGGGGGGUGAGCUGAAGGAAGGGCUGAGUCCACUAGAGCCUGGGGGGUGGGGGGCUGGGCAGGGGCCUUUCUCUUGUCUCCCAGAUGCCCUCUCUUCCCCAAACUGAUGGUUCUGUUCCUUCCCUCCCCGCGUCCACUGUCUCUUCAUGUCCAUUCCGUUCUCUUUGGCCAAACAGAUAGGUGGAGAAGCUAAGACAGGCCGACAUAUGGACAGAGAACUCUAUUUUGGGUUUCAGAUUUUUUUUUGUACAUAAACAAGAAAAACCAAAAUACUCCAAAGAUGACUUUCCCUGCUUCCUACUUCCCAGUAUGACUGCGGAGGAGAUAGGGCCUUAGCUCUGGACCCCUGGGGUUGGGGAGCAGGGCCUGGCCUACUGCCUGGGUCUCUAUUUAUAUAUUUAAGUUCACAAUGUGGCUAUUGACUGACCAGCCUGGGGCCUGAGCUUUUAAAGGCCCCUGGCCCCGUGCUGAGGUCUGGCUAAUCCUGCACCUUUUCGGGGAGGUGGGGGGACCUUCCCGCUCUCCCCAGCCUCCUUUUUCAGGCUCCUCUGCGGCCUGGGAAUUAUGUUGUAAUUCUACUUUUUAUCCCCAAAGUUGUAGCAAAGUUCUCACCCACAAUAAAGGUCAUGAAUGUUC